UCAUGAAAAAUUAGUUAACACCACUAGGAAACAAUCAGUUUCAGAUACAGUCUACGUUUACAGACAUAUUACCAGUCAAGGAAAAUCGGAUCACCUUGUAUGCAAAGAAUGUUUGAAGAAAAUACAGAAACUCGCAAUUCUAAUGACAAAGUGCCAUCAUCUGAACAUCCUGGCGAACCAAUACACAGCUUCAAUCAGGCAAUCGUCGUCACAGCACAUCCAGAAACACGUGCUUGCAAAAUAAGUGAUGUCAAAACUGACGAAGAACAUACGCCAGAGCAAGAACCAGCAACAAAACGCAAUGCUGGUAUAGAAGCCGACCAUAACAUCGGGCAAGCACAGUGUCAAGAAGUACAGAACUCAACAGCUGCCGAUGCAACAGAGUGCAAUGCUGGUAUAGAACCCGACCAUAACAUCGGUAAAGCACAAUGUCAAGAAGUACAGAACAGAACAGCUGCAGAUGGUAAUGUAUAA